ACUAUUUUCAUAUAACUGUCACAACUGGGGAGAAUUAAUGUUUGUUAACAAUUAUAAAGGAAAUUGAAACAAAAUAGCCAAAUUUGAGAGAUAUUAAUUUUUUUGGUUUUGGUCAAUCAGAUUUAUUAUGACCUAACUCUGUGGCCCAUGGGCCUUGUCAAUAAAAUAUGUUUUAUAAAAAAAGUGUAACCAUCAUUUCUGUACAAUAAAUCCUUAAAUAUCUCUGCUUUUGGUGGGGCGGCCCCUUGCUAACUGGUCUGUUUUCUAGUUCUUUCCGAAAUGGUAUAGUUGUACUUCCUGCUUAUUUUCAUGUACACAACUUUGUUUAUUAUUAUGAUAUAGAUACCCCCAGGAAACGGCGCACACUGAGGGAUGUGGGUAGCAGAACUCCUGCCAAAUCCAAAAAAGCUCUCCACAGAGAACCAGACACGCCAUCCAAGAGGAUUGAGGUCCUGAUAAGCCAAAAGGAGGAGAGGGAACACCUUGUCCAAAGCAUCACCAGUGUGAAAUUGAACAUUGUGGGGAAACUUCACCUUCUACCCCUGGAGAAUGAGGAGGACACUGUGAAUGUACUCUCCUUAUCUUUAUCGCCCGUUCAAAUGGCAAUUCUUGCUGCAGCCAUCAACCAUGUGCCAGAGAACUUUCUUGACAGAAACACCCUUAUUAUGAACAUUUGUAAGGCCUCUCCAGAGUUCAACACCUUGACACCUGAGACCGUGAUGCAGUUCAUACCAGUCUUUCAACGAUGCCACAGCCUUAUGAAGUUUUACAAGGACAAUGAACAAGAUAUCUCAACAAUACUUUGGCAGGCUUCCUGGCACCACAAGGAACCAUUCUUGGCCUUCAUCAAUCCCCCAGUGACUGAGUGUCUGCAGUGUGAAGAAACUUUAUAUCCAACUGCAAGAGUUCCAAUUACUCUCUACCACCUAACUGGACCCAUUCCAGGCCAGAGAGGUGUUCUGAAAUGCAAGUCCUGCCAAAUCUAUUACCAUGUGGAUGGAUAUUCUGUGCCAAAUCAGGGGAAAUCAUUUUAUCCUGCACCCAUCACCUGCCCAUGGAAAAGUGCUAGCAACAGAGUGUUCUGGAGUAAGGACCUGCACGAGUUCCUUUGCGAAUCAAGCAAUCAUGGCUUUGUAUCUCAUCAAGCUUUUGCUGAAAUCUUCAACUCUGUAUACUCCGAUAACCACCCUGAGAGUGAGAAGUUCCAUGCUUGGAGAAACUACAUGUUAAAAGCCACGAGAACUGCUCCAGAGGCCUCCCCAGGUAUAAAUUAGCUUAAUUC